AUGGCGCCCGGGGCCGCUCUGGCAGCUCGAUGGUGCCGCGCCCCGUGGCGCCGGCAGGGGGCGCUGCAGCUGCAGUACGGGUGCCGCCGCGGGACACGCCCGCUAACCCGGAAGCGUUCGCCAGAGGCAUCAGGCGUGGCCGCCUCCUCCCGCCGCUGGGUGCGCGCCUGCCAUCGUCGCCGCCGCGACGACGUCACCGCCGCAACUACGUCAUCGCGUUGCGAGACGUCCUCCGUCCGGACCCGCAGCAGCCAUUUGGAGGAAGUCGGGGAAGAUCGGAGCCCGCAACCGUGGCGGAAGGCGGAGGGGAAGGACGGCCGCCGCCCCACGCUCUCCCCGGAGCUGAUGUCCUCUCCCCUCGCCGGGCGGCCCCGAGGGGAGCGAUGUCUGCAGGGGGAGCGCCCCAGCCUGCCCAUGCCCUGAACCUGCUCCCUUACCCCCGGCUGAGCGAGGUGCCGAGAGCCGGACACGAGCUGGAUGCUGCCGGUGCGGAGAUCCCGUCUGACCCCUGCACAGGCUACAGAUUUUUCAAGCCCGGCGGUUUGUUCGGUAUUAAACAGUCGGAGGAGCCGUACGCUGAAGGCCAGCAGAUGCAGGAGGAGAGCAAGAUCCUCGUGAGCCCCUGUGCGGUUGAGCCCGGUCGAGUGAAUAAAGUCGAGCAGCCUGAUGAGAAACCCGGGGCGGCCGCUGGCUCCCUGGAGCUGUAUCCCGCAGCCGCCGGCAGUUCCAGCCGCUGGUUUCACGGCGGGCAGCGUGCGCCCGAGCGGGCGGGCAUGGAGAGAGACGGCGCCGCCGGCCUCAGCCCGCUCUCCACCCGGGUAGCCUGCUGGGUGCCGCAGCUUGGCGCCGGCCCUUUCCGCUGCGCCCAGUGCGGGAAAGGCUUCCGCCAGAAGCAAAGCCUCAUCACGCACGAGAGGAUCCACACCGGAGAGAAACCCUACAGGUGCGGGGACUGCGGGAAGAGCUUCAGCCAGCGGCCCAACCUCCUGACCCACCGCCGUGUGCACACGGGGGAGCGCCCCUUCCCCUGCGCCCAGUGCGGCAAGAGCUUCAGCCAGAAGGCCAACCUCCUGGCCCACCAGCGCAUCCACGCCGCCGGGGAGAAGGCGCUGGCAGGGGGCGAGCAGGAGGACGGCGCUUCCAGCAAGCCGAAGCUGCGAUCCCAGCAGAGGAGUUACCAGGAGGACACCCCCUUCGUCUGCCCCGAGUGCGGGAAGAGCUUCAGGCAGAAGCCCAACCUCAUCACCCACCGGAGGAUCCACACCGGGGAGCGUCCCUUCACCUGCUUCCUCUGCGGCAGGAGCUUCAACCAGAAGACCAACCUGGUGACCCACUACCGCGUGCACACGGGGGAGCGCCCCUUCGCCUGCACCCAGUGCGGCAAGCGCUUCACCCAGAAAACCAACCUGGUGACGCACCAGAGCACCCACACGGACCUCCGGCCCUACCCCUGCGGGCAGUGCCAGAAGUGCUUCAAGGACAAAGUCUCCCUCAGAGCCCACCAGAAGACUCACGCCCCGCGCCAGCGGCGCUGCCCAGGUCGCAGCCCGGCCGCCAGCCUGCCCUACGGGGCUGCGCCCACCCUGCUGCAGCCCGGGGGUCCCGAGCAAGAGGCCCCCUUCGGCCCCAUGCCACCGCUGCCCGUUCAGAAGAUCCCUGAGGGCCAAGAGCUGUACUCGUGUACGGAGAAGAGCUUUCCCCCGAAGGAGCCGCUCCUGCCGCACCAGCAGGCGCCCCUGGGCGAGCAGACUUUCCCCUGCGUCCAGUGCGGGGAGGGAUUUUGCCAGAAGGUGACUCUCCUCCGGCCGCAGCACGGCCCCGCCGCCGCCGAGGCUCCCGGUGGGUGCGCGGCAGCCUUCGCCCACGGCCCGCACCUCCUGGGGCACCUGGGGGUGCAGCCCAUCCUCGGGGAUGCGACCCCCCCGGCCCCCCCAGCCCCCGGGGCAGAGAAGCCCUUCAUCUGUAACCAGUGCGGCAACAGCUUCGGCCUGUGGCUCUCCCUCGUGGCCCACCAGAAGACCCACGCUGGGCAGAAGUCCUACCCGUGUCCCGAGCACGAGAAAAGCUCCGGCGACGAGCUGUCCCCCAAAGCUCUCCAGGAGAAGCAGGCGGAGGGGAGAGCCUGGGUGUGCCCCGAGUGCGGGAGAAGCUUUGUGCAGUACGAGCGUUUGGUAAAGCACCGGCAAAACCACCGGGGCAGAGGGCCCUACCGCUGCGACGUCUGCGGGAAGAGGUUCAGCCUGAAGACCAACCUGGUGACCCACCAGCGCAUCCACACCGGCGAGCGUCCCUUCACCUGCGGCGUCUGCGGCCGGCGCUUCAACCAGAAGGGGAACCUGGUGACCCACUACCGCACGCACACAGGGGAGCGCCCCUUCGCCUGCACCCAGUGCGGCAAGCGCUUCGCCCAGAAGCCCAACCUCAUCGCCCACCAGAAGACCCACACCGGCAGGCAGCCCUUCACCUGCCUGGAGUGUCCCAAGCGCUUCAAGAGCAAGCUCUCCCUGCGGGUCCACCAGCGCGUGCACGCGGCGGAGAGACCCCAAAGCGAGCCGGGCCAGGCUCCCGGCCUGCAGCCCCACCCCGGCAGCCCCUAUCCCUGCUCGCUCUGCGGGGAGACCUUCGAGGAGCACGGGGAGCUGCAGCUGCACCGGCAGGGCCACGCCGGGGAGCGACCGCACGCCUGCGCCGAGUGCGGGAAGCGAUUCCGACAGAAGGUGAAUCUGGCCGUUCACCAGAGGACCCACACCGGCGAGCGGCCGUUCCGCUGCGCCGAGUGUGGGAAGGGCUUCAGUCAGAAGGCUCACCUCCUCCGGCACCGCAGGACGCACGCCGGCGGCAUCCCGGCCUCCUGCUGCGAGGGGACCUGCCCGGCGCACCAGGAGGAGCCAGAUGGGAGCGGCGCUCCCCUGGUAAAGGGCUCCGAGCCCCCCAGCAUGCUGCUGCCCCCCUGCUCACGCGGAGCUGCUCACGGAUCGCUGGCUCGGGAGGAGCUUCGGCCGGGAGCGCAGCCCCCCAACAGACCGGAGAGCCCCUCCGGGGCGGCAGACAUCCUCCUGCAGCUGAUGCAGGAAGACCACCACCUCGUGUCCGGCUCCCACCACCCGCAGGAGGGACCGGCGGGGCAGUGCCCCUGUAAGUGCACCGAGGAGGGGGAAGGCUUGAGCCCGAAGCCGCCGAGCCUGCCGCCGCAGUGCUGCUGCGCCGACUGCGUGAGCCAGCGGCAGCUGCUCCUGAAGCCUCAGCCCGACUGCCGCGCCGAGCUCUGGGGCAAGUACGGCGGCUGCGGCAGAAGCUUUGAGGAGAAGCGAGUCCUGAGAGUGCCUGAGAGAGCGCAUGGCGAAGAGAAACCCUCGCCGUGCCCCAACUGCCUGUAACGCCUGCGCAGGCUGCCGAAAACCUGCCUCCGGGCGAGGGACUGGACCUCAUCGCUCUUGCACUAAAAGACACCAAACCUAAAGAGGCAGCGGCUCACGCUGGGGGCCAAUCGCUGACCAAACGAGGACAGUGCCGAGGGAAAGCCGCAAGCUGGGACUCGUGGUGCCUGCUGGGACACGGUGGUGGUGGGGACUCGGGAGGAGUGCGGUGGAUUUGGGAACAGGAGGCUCGGAGCACCCUCGGUGGGUAUCGGAUGGGGUGAAGCAGGAGGCGGACUCGGAUGCGCUGUGUGAGCCUUCUGUGUCACGAACAUACCAAAUCUGUGGAGGGGACAGAGCUGAGGAGCGGUGACAGGACCCCAGAUCCGCAGCGUUUGCUCCUGCUGUGGCUGCACGGACCGUAGGGAGCGGAAAGAGCUGGGAUCCGGGAUCUGUCGGCUUAAAAACUGCUUCUGUCGUGCAGCAGGCCCGGCAGCGGCACGUCUGCCUGCUGCCGCCUCCGGGUUUGGCUGGGUGAUGCACGGACCGAGAGACAGCCGUGGGGCAGAGAAGGGCCUCCGUGGGCCAGGAGCUUCUCCCAGAACCCUCCAUCCUUCUCUUCCGGACUGGAUGUCGUUCCGCAAGGACGUGUUUGGGAUGGAGAGCCGAGGCCCUGCCGGCGUGGGCAGAGGAGAAGCAGCUUCGCUGGGCGGGAGGAGUGAGCUGCAGGAGGCAAGGAGAGCUGGGGAAGGCGCCGGGGCCCUUCUUGCCUUGGGGGUGGACCUCCUGCCGAUGCUCCCCAGCCAACGCAGCGGGACCCGGCCUGUGGCUUCCCCGAGGGUGGAAUGGAGGAGCUGGGCGAGCACCGGGAAAAUUGGAAACAGCUGGGAAAACGGCCUGGAAGUGUCUCGGCCCACCUCUGCUUCCAGAAGGGACCCGGGAGAAGCGUCUCCUCGGAGCCCGGAGGGGCCACGCAGGGUGACGGGGGGGGUGGGGAAGGGGGGGUGUAGCUUGUGCUUCUCUACUUGCUCUGUGGAUAAUUUUUCUGACUAGCACCUCUUUCUGGUACUCAAUUAACUUCUGAAUAGGUAACCCAGGCACGCCGGGGAGCAGGAGUUGCUGUAGUCUGCCGGAGCCGUUGUGGUAGCUCGUGGUGGUGGCGUCUGCCCGUUUCCCUGCCGGCGUGGUGCCCUGGCUGCCGGCAGCAGCGGGGGGGGGGGGCUGUGGGAGGCACCGGUUGCUUGCUGGCGCUUGCCUGCCGGCGGUGCGGCAGAGCCCGUGGCACCAGGCGGCGAAGCUGGGGAGCAGCUUCAUUGGGUGUCUGGGGAGGAAGGGAUGUCGGGGCAGAGCUUUGGAAACGGGAACUGCGCCGGAACGAUGUUCUCGCUUUGAAGUGCGCUUUAUCUGAAAGGGGAAACGAACCUUGCCUGCUGCGCCUGAGGGGAGCCGUCGGCCCCAGUUGCGGCGUAGGAGCCGUGUCCUGCUGCGCUCGGCUCCGGCGCCUCGUGACUGCGACCGUUUGGCAAACGGUGAAAACCCGGGAUGGUGUCACCGGAGCCCAGCUCAGUGCCGCGCCGCUUGCCGCCAGUGUCCAGCUACUCACCUGUGUUUUGGGGGUGUAUCCUAAGGGGUGUAGCGUACAGAGAGGCUUUGUCACCUGCCAGGGGCUGGGGCGGCAGCCGAGGGGACACCGGGACGGUCACGACUGGAGCUUCAGCCGGGGUGAGGCACCCCGAGCCCGUGAAGCAGCCAGGUCGGAGCUGCCUGGCAGAGGGGUCCUGGCACCCAAAAUCUGGCAGGCAGGGGUGGGCGUCCGUCCCUGUGCCCCCUCACCCGCUCCCCUGCGGGGCAGACGCAGCACCCUCCUCCCUUCUGCUCCUGCAGCAUUUCAGGUCCUUGCAAUUCUAUUUUUUUGAGGUUAUUUAAAAUAAAAGCUUUCUCACAGCA